AUGGCAAUUCCGAUCUCUUGGACAGAUUUGGAGAAUGAAAAAUAUCAGAUAGAUUAUAGCCUAGCUUUUGAUAUCAUGAAAAGCAGCAACUCCAAGCUAAGUAUCAGUGACAAUAUCAAAACCAUCAGCAAGGACACAGUGGAAGACCCUGCAGUCAUUGAAAGACUUGAAUGGCAAGCAAUGUUGUCGUCUGUCCUUACAGGUGAUGUUGUGCGGUCAGAGAAAACUAAAAUCAUUGAUAAUGGCUAUUCAAACGAACAGCAAGAGUCUUUUUUACGAACUUACUAUAAGGAAAAUUUAUGGUUUGGGAUCCGUGCAAAGCUUUUAAAUAGAACGGAGGAUGAACAGCGAAAAAUCAUCUUGUACAGAAGAACAACUGUUGAUCUGGUUAUCGAGGAGGUCUCAAACUUCGAAAUAAGUUACGAACAGGGGGCUCCUGAUGCAAGAGAUCAGGUUUGUGAUAUACUUCACAAAUACGACAAAAUAUGUGAACUCUGGCGAACUCUGGAGGAUAUGAAGCAUGACAAACCGGCUUGCAAAGAAGACGCUUUUCAACAUAGAAUUGAUGCGCUCACAGCCUGGCUCACUAUUACCGAUGCCAUUACCAGGAGAGACUGA